UGUGUGCGCCCGCGCAGUGAUGGCGUCACUGUCGGUCGCCUCCGCCGCCACGUCGGUCUCCUUGACGACGAGCGGAGAAGCCUCCGGGUUCCCCCGGGCGCCGGGUGGGAGCUGCCAUGCUGAGCGGGAGGGGCCGAGGGCCCCUGCAGACCGUGCAGCGCCGCAGUCAGGAUCUUCGGCAACAGGUUGGACGUUUGCUUUCUGAGAGUCAACUGAAAGGAGCCCUAGAUGUCAAUAAAAGGCGGGAUAUUUUUCAGAGAUGUAUCCAAUUGAAAAGGGAAAUAGAUGAAAACAGAAAGGCUCUUAAAAAUUUAAACAAAGGGGAUGAGCCAGCUCCUGUGGGGAACUACAACCAAAGGAAAGAGGACGAAGAAAAUAUUUUGGAAAAGCUUACAAAGCAACUACAAGAACUUGCUUCCACUAUAAGUGGAGAAAAUAUAACUCAAGAUGAAAAAGUUCGGAGUAUUUCCCAGGUUAAAGAAGAGGAAGGAGACUCUGAGGAAUCGGAGGAGGAGGAAGAUGAUGAUGAGGAUAAUGAAGAUGAAGAAAGUGUUGAGGAUGAUGAGGAAACAGAGGAAGAAGAGGAAGAUGACUCUAGUGAUGAACAGCCAAGUAAUAAAGAAUAUAUUGCUGUCGGUGAUUUUGCUGCUCAGCUGAGAGGAGAUCUUGCAUUUAAGAAAGAUGAAAUUCUUCUCAUACUAGAAAAGAAGCCUGAUGGCUGGUGGAUAGCUAAAAAUAUUCAUGGAAAUAAAGGUCUUGUUCCCAAAACCUACUUGGAGCCCUGUGUUAAAAAGGAAGAUGACCAGGAAUACAGUGAAGAGGAAAGUGAAGAAGAUGUGGAAGUGAUAGAUGAAACAAUUAAUGGAACAGAGAUCAAAACACGAACUGAUUCUCAUUGGAGUGCUAUUAGAAAAGCUAUGACAGAGAUUAACACUAUUGAUGUCUUAACUUCUAUGGGAGCUAUUCCUGCAGGGUUUCGACCAUCAAUGCUUUUCCAGCUUUUAGAAGAAGGGAAUCAGUUUCAAGCAAGUUGCUUUUUACAGCCUGAACUUACCCCUUCACAACUGGCUUUUAAAGAUAUGAUAUGGGAUCCUGAAAAAGGCACUAUUAAACCUCGACCAAGCCGUGUAUCAUUGAUUCUAACCUUAUGGAGCUGUAAAAUGAUUCCUCUUCCAGGAGUAAGCCUACAGAUCCUCAGCAGGCACAUACGCCUUUGCCUAUUUGAUGGAAGUAAGGUCCUGAGCAAUAUUCAUACAGUCAGAGCUACAUGGCAACCUAAAAAGCCCAAAACUUGGACCUUUUCUCCACGAGUAACCGGUAUCUUGCCAUGCUUGCUUGAUGGAGAUUGCUUUAUUAGAUCUAAUUCAUCAUCACCAGACCUUGGGAUAUUAUUUGAAGUUGGCAUCUCUUAUGUCCGUAAUUCAACUGGUGAAAAGGGAGAGUUAAGCUGUGGCUGGGACUUCCUGAAACUUUUUGAUGCCAAUGGAAUACCCAUUCCUCCCAAAACCUACGAACUUUACUUGAAUGGUGGCACACCUUAUGAAAAAGGCAUUGAAGUGGAUCCUUCGGUCUCAAGAAGAGUUGCCAGCAGCGUUUUUCAUCAGAUGAUGACAAUGAGGAGACAGCCUCAACUUCUGGUCAAACUGAGAUCUCUAAAUAGAAGGUCAAGAAGCAUAUUGAGUCUACUACCAGAAACAUUAAUAGGAAAUAUGUGCUACAUUCACUUGUUGGUAUUCUAUCGAGAAAUCCUUGGUGAUGUGCUCCUGAAAGACAGGAAAAGCAUGCAAAAUGCUGAUUUAAUUAGUAGUCCAGUACUGGCAACCUUUCCUAAACUCAUGGAGCAACCUGACUUGAUGGAUGCCCUUAGGACUGCAUGGGCUGAAAAAGAAAGUACUUUAAAAAGAUCUGAAAAGAUUCUAAGAUAGCAGAGUGGUAAGGGCUAGACAAUUUGGGUUAAGAGACUUGCCCCAGGUCACACAGCUAUGAAAUGUCUGAAGCCAGACCUGAACCCAGGACUUCCCAACUCCAGGCCUGGCACUGUGCUACCUAGCUGCCCCUCUAUUUAGGAUUCUUCAUUGGUCCAGGUGCUGUGUUCAAAGCCAGGCCUGUGCCCAAGGGAGGUGGGUAGCCAUGUGUAGUGGCUAUUGAAGUCAUCACAUCCUGUGCUCCAUCCACCUGAAAUUGCCACCUGAGUCACUCCUUGGACAUGCUGAAUAGUUUAGUACUUUAUAGCACCUGCGACGUCAUUGUGAGGGAGCCGCCUGGGCCUUCAUACUUGAAUGGGGGUUUCCAUGAGUCCUUGUGAACCUUACAUUCCCUGACCUUGUGGCAAUAAAUGCUGACAAAUUUGGCUCAGGAUCCCUCGGAGGAGGUCCACGUGGGAAGCCUUUCGAGCAGCAUCUGAGCUGGUAUGUGGGCACCAUCCGUUCACGCAGCCUUCUUAGAACCAUCUUCCAUGGAACAUGCACACAGGUAGUCCCUGCAUCAGGGCAACACAGGCUACACCGACCAAGGCUCGCGGCUUCUCCAGACAAGGCAUUGGUCUUGGGCAUGUGUAGCAGAAAUUAAAUGCUCCUGUUAAAGGGUUAGUGGAUUUGUCAUCUGAGAAGAGUCAUAUAUUACACUGUUCUUAGCCAUUAAAAUAAUUUAACACUAAUUUGUUUGAUUUAAUUCCUUUAGAAUAUUAAAUCUUAAAUGUACUACAGCUUCUUAAAAAAAAAAACCCUUAUCUUCUAUUUUAGGAUUAUUACUAUGGAUUAAGGCAGAAGAGCAAUAAGGAAUAGGCAAUAGGGGUUAAGUGACUUGCCCAGGGUCACACAGAUAGGAAGAAUCUGAGGCCAUAUUUGAACUCAGGACCUCCCAUCUCCAGGUCUGGCUUUCCAUCCACUGAGCCUCCCAGCUUCCCCUAUACUAUAGCUUCUUAACUCAUGCCCUUAAAUUUUUAAAAAGAAAACAUUAUGUCUUACAACAUGAUGAUCCUGAUUAAUAACUUUUCAAAACUUUGGAAAAAAUCUUUAGAAAGAAGGUUUCCCCUAAAACUUAAAAUUUUAACAUUAUCAAAGAAGGAAUAUUUCUAUACUCUUACAAAGACUACUAGAAAGAAACAACAAUUAAAAUACUAAGAAGCUGUCUUAAAGGCAUUUUUGUGUGUUCUUUACAAUCUUUCCUCCAUGAAAUGUAAAUAUUAUUUAGUAAUUGAACCCAUUCAUAAAAUGACUCUGCCUCUACUCUGGUAUCUUCAGCCAUAUCUCCACAUGUUUAUGCAUGAUUGAGAGAAGAGUUUCUUUUGAAUUGUUAUUUUGAUGACAUGAAGAUUAGAGCCAGAAUCUCAGCCUUGCCUUGAGGUUCAUCUCACAGCCUCCUAAGAUAUAUUAUUUAACUCUUUAGGCUUUUGUUAAAUAUAUUGACAAGUCUUCUUGAAAAGAAACUUGGACUUGGAUUGAGUUAUUAGCUUUUAUGUGUCAUGCACCCCUUUGGUAGUCUGGUGAAGCUCAUGAAUCUCUUCUUAGAAUAAUGUUUUUAGAUGUACAAAAUAAAAUGUAUAGGAUUAUAAAGAAAAUUAUCAAAAUAUAACUAUCAAAAUAUUUUUUCAAAUCAAGUUCAUAGUCCCAUUUAAAACAUUCUGACUUUGUGACUAUGUGAUUAAGCUUAAAAUAAUUAUAAAACUUACGCUUCAAAGCCAUAGUCUAAAGUAUCAAACUCAAAUAGAGAUGGUGCCACUAAACCAUACAUAAGGAUCCUGUGGACUUCACUUACUUAGUUUUAAAAUGUAAUACCCUUCAUGUUUUAUUAUAUUUUUAUUUAUUUUGUAAAAUAUUUCCCCAUUACAUUUUUCUUUUUCUUUUUUUUAAACCUGUACUGUCCAUUUUGGGAUUAAUCCUGUGUAUUGGGUACAAGGCAGAAGAGUAGCAAGGGCUAGGCAAUGGAGGUCAAGUGACUUGCCCAGGGUCACACAUUCAACUAGGAAGUGUGUGAGGUCAGAUUUGAACCCAGGACCUUCUAUCUCUAGGCUUGCCUCUCAAUCCAUUGAGCCAUUUAGCUGCCCCCUACAUUUUUUUCCCCUCAAUAUAGUGUAUCAAAGUUAAGGGAUUUUCCCAGGCUCACACAAUUGAAAAGUAUCCAGAAGCCAGAUUUGAACCUCAGUCCUUUGGACUCCAGGCUAGUGCUCUAUCCACUGUAUUACCUACCUGCCCCUCCCAAAUACAUUUUAAUCUGGUUUGGACAACAAUUGGGAAUGUUGUGGGCCUAUUGGCUACACGUUUGGUCUAAAGUAUACUGUAAUACCACCAAGGGUAGGACAGAGAGUAGGAAACCCUUGGUGGCUAGGGGGCAGGCAGCAUAAUGAUCAAAUAAAGUCUCUAUGUUUUAG